GUGACUUUUGGAGAGACAGCAAAAUUCACAAACCUACAUAAGCAGAGUUUCGGAGAAAUUCAAGAGUUUUGCAACGUGACAGCUUUGUAAGCCACACCAUGGGAGACAGCUGUAUUUUGGUGACAGGAGGGGCGGGGUUCGUUGGAAGCCAUGCUGUGAUAGAGCUGAUAGAGGCGGGGUAUUCUGUGGUUGUGAUGGAUAACCUUGCUAAUGCAAGCAUGGAAAGCAUAAAAAGAGUGGAAGAGAUUACAGGAAAAUCUGUACCGAGUUACAGUGUGGAUCUCUUAGACAAACCAGCUUUGUUGGAUUUAUUUAGUAAACACAAGUUCAGCAGUGUCAUCCAUUUUGCUGGCCUUAAGGCAGUUGGGGAGUCUUGUCAGUUGCCGUUGCUGUAUUACAAAAACAACAUCGGAGGGACAGUCAAUCUUCUGGAGGUGAUGAAAGAGAGGGGAGUAAAGAACUUGAUUUUCUCAAGUUCAGCCACAGUGUAUGGCAGUCCACAGUAUUUACCUAUUGAUGAGAAGCACCCAGUAGGAGGCUGUACAAAUCCAUAUGGGAAAACCAAAUAUUUUAUCGAAGAAAUCCUGAGGGACCUGCAUAAAGCUGAGCCAGACUGGAACAUCAUCAUGCUGCGAUACUUUAAUCCUGUUGGUGCACACAAAUCAGGGAAGAUCGGGGAAGACCCCCAAGGCAUUCCAAACAACUUGAUGCCAUUUAUAGCACAGGUGGCUGUUGGAAAGAGAGCAGAGCUAAGUGUAUACGGCAGCGAUUAUGACACACCUGAUGGAACAGGGGUACGUGAUUACAUUCAUGUUGUGGACUUAGCUCAGGGCCAUGUGGCAGCUCAAAAAAAAAUUGAAACGAACUGUGGAUGUAAGGUGUACAAUCUUGGAACAGGAAAAGGUUACUCCGUGUUGGAAAUGGCCAAAGCUUUUGAGGAAGCCAGUGGCAAACCGAUUCCAUACAAAAAAGUAGAUCGUCGCCCAGGUGAUGUAGCCUCAGUGUAUGGGAAUGCAGAUCUAGCCAAGCAGGAAUUAGGCUGGUCAGCAACUCGUGAUCUCAAACAGAUGUGUGAAGACACCUGGCGAUGGCAGUCUUUGAAUCCAAAUGGUUUCCGAAAAUAGACCUUUAGAAUAGGAAUAAAGAAUAUACUUAUAUGGGAUGACAAUGCAGCAUUAGAGGGCCAUAGAGUGCUUUAUUAAUAAUGAUUCUUACCUGCCAGUCGGGUGUUAUUUAUUAAGGUUACAAAUCAUUCACCAUAAUCUGUCAUAUAAAUUCCGCCAGUUUUCUACAAAUCAUAUUUAAAGUGAUUUAUUUGUUUUACAUAUGCUUAAGCACUUAAAAAAAAUGAAGGAAGAAAGAUAAGUAAAAAAAAUCAGUAUAAUUGUAUUUCUUUUAGUCCUCCAGGCUGCUAAAGUGCCUGGGUUGAAUGUCUUUGUAAAGGAAUAGAUAUUGCUUACAUAAUAUUGACAGAAUAUUGGUACUAGAGCUUUUAUAAACACAAAAUCAGAAUAUUAGUACUAGAACUUUUAUAAACACAAAAUCAGAAUAUCGGUACUAGAGCUUUUAUAAACACAAAACUAAAUUUUGAUAUGUUGAGGCUGCUGGGCAGACUUUGUGGUUAAAUAUGUUUAAAAAUCCUUUCUUAUUUACUUUUAUCAGUCACAAAAGGGGCAUAUAAUCCAAAAUGGUUGUGCAGCAAUUAAUGCAAUAACAAUACUUGAAUGUGAAACAUUUUUUUCUAUUAAAAGCAUUUAUUUUAUUGAACUGUGUAUUUAUUUGUAGUUUUCUUUCGAUGAACAUUAUUUUUCUUAUAAAAUGGUGAAUUGGUGGAAUAGUAGGCAAGACAGCAAAGGUUAACUUUGAAUGAAUAUAUAUUUGUCAUAGAACUAGUGGUUGUUUUUAUUCUUUUUCUGCAAUAUAUCAAUAUUGAUAUCAAUCUAUAUCAACCCAUAUUGUAGAAAAGUAUAAAAAUGAGUAACCCCCUCCACCCCCACCCCCUUCCCCCUCCCAGAAAAAGAACUGUCUAUAUUAAUAUUCUGUCAGGUUUUCUCUUGAGGUGAACCCUCUCCUCUAUUGUUGCAGAGGCAGAAAUAAAUGUUAUUUAUGUC